AUGAAAAAACAGAACGUUCGAACCUUGGCGCUGAUCGUCUGCAUGUUCACCUACUUGCUUGUCGGCGCGGCGGUGUUUGACGCACUCGAGUCCGACAACGAGCUGAGGCAACGCAACUUGGUGCACGAGUUGCGAGUUCGCAUCAUGGCCAAGUACAACAUAUCGGACAAGGAUUAUCGCGUUAUCGAGAGUGUCAUCACGAAAUCGAUUCCUCAUAAGGCCGGCUACCAGUGGAAGUUCGCCGGUGCGUUCUACUUCAGCACCACGGUCAUCACCACCAUAGGUACGUCUCUUUCUGUCAGUGGCGUCGAACAUGUUUAUGCGUUCUGCGUUCACGUGUUUUCGCCGUUUCGCCGUUUCGCCGUUUCGCCGAGCCUCACUCGGUUCUCACUCGGUUGCCCGUUGCCCUCUUUAAGACGUCUUCGAUCCUCUUGA